AUGGCACCAAAAUAUUCAAGAUUAUCAAAAUCUAGUUUAGAAAUUCCAACACUCAUAGCAAUUCAAAAUAUGUUGAUUCGUAGAUAUAAACGUAUCAAAAGUACAACUGAGCUCAAGGAGCUCAAGCUAAGUUAUUUAGUUAUGCAAAGCUUUACUAUGCUACGAAAUAAGAUGCUGCGAGCAAAAUCUCAAAGCUUGAGAAAACUCAUAUUACAAGAAAUUUGCUUUAAGAAAGAUAAUCUCGCAAUUCUUAUGCCAAACUUGGAAAUUUUAUCAAUAAAGUAUUCAUCUGGAGAUCCUUUUGGAGAAGAAAAAAAUAAAUUUCAAAAUCUUAAAAGAUUAGAAUUGGUUAAUAAUUCAAUUGAAUUAAAUCAAGCUAUAUUAAAUACUGAGUAUGAAUCACUAAAAUCUUUUGUAAUAUAUGAAAGGAAAUUAACUGAAGAAGAAAAAAAUGAAUUUAUUUCUUUGCUAAAUCAAAACUUUCCAAACAUCAUUACAUUAUGUUAUAUAACUGAUAGUUUUAAGUUUUCUUCUACUCUUAAAAAAUUUCAACAUCUUUGGCAACUACAAUUAGAAGGAUUUGCUUUUUAUAAUUUUUUUUACAAACCUUAG